AUGCCACAAACACCUCAGCGUUAUCUGAACAGUCGAACACUUGGUCAAUGUCCCUUUUGCGGCGGCCUGCGGCCGAGAAAAUCGAGUCAAGGUCAGGGUUCAGGGCCGUUGGACCUGAUUAUAGUCGACUUGCGCCUAGUGCGCAGUCAGUCGACAGACGGGUGUGCUGGAUGCUGUGUCAUUGAAAAGGCCCUGACGUAUCUUUCUCCCGGAUGGAGAAACUUCACCAACAGGCGCAAGUGUGACAAGUGUCAGCCGGAAAACUUUAGACUUUGUAGGAUGGGCGACUGCGCCGAAUCCGCUUUCGCUCUCCUUCCGCUAGGAGAGACAAUAGAGCUUUGCUAUCCAUACCGCAUACUCGAUGACCUUGCUGCUGGGCCGUCAAGAAACCUUGAGCUAUUCAUUACAGAAGGCAAUGAUCAUCGAGACUAUGGUAUUUAUGCUUGUCUUAGCUACACCUGGGGUCAACAAAAUACCGGAGUGACGACCCUGGAGAACCUCCAAGUUCGCUUAGAAGGUAUAGUGUUUGAAAAUCUACCACAGACGUAUAAGGACGCCAUCAAGGUGGCAACAGCUUUGGACAUACCAUUCCUAUGGAUUGACGGGCUUUGCAUUAUCCAAGGCGAUAUCGACUCCAAGGAUUGGGCGGAACAGUCUUCUCGGAUGGCGGAAAUCUACGGAGAUGCAGUCCUGGUAAUCGCGGCUGCGGAUUCCGAUUGUGUCGACGAUGGUUUUCUCUCAACAACUCAAUCAUCACGGACAUUCAUCGAAUUUGAGUGUUCAGACCCGGACAACUGGGACACAAGGGAUGAAAGGACUCCGAUCUGGUGUUUCCAAGAGGAAGUUCUCGCGUCUCGACUCCUCACCUUUUUCGGUGGCGAGAUGAACUUCCAAUGCCUCGAAGACGAAUACCGAUGCGAGUGUGCCUUCCCUGCCUCGCCCUUGGGCCUGGUAACAAUCAAGGAGCUUUAUGAGCCUCGAUUACAGCUAGGUGACCUGGAAACGCCCAACUGGAUGUGGCAGAGCACCGUCGAGCACUAUACGCGGCGGAAGCUGACAAUGGCCACCGAUAGGCUCACCGCACUAUCGGGAGUUGCUCGCAUUGUGGAGUUAAGCCUCGGCACCAAGUACGCUGCCGGCCACUGGCUAGAUCGCGACUUCCUCUGCAGCUUAUGCUGGGCGCCUGUGAGAACCAGGGAAACCGAACGUACCUUUUCACAUGACUACAUUGCUCCAUCGUGGUCUUGGGCAGCUCAUAACGGACCCAUUACCAUGUGGAUCCCUUAUGGGGGUUCUGAAGAGCCAGUCACCCCGCGCUAUCUUGACAAGACGGUAGUUCGCAACGUCAGCAUCAUUCCAGCAACACAAGAUGAUGCGGGCGCAGUAAUCGGAGGAAGUAUAACAGUCAGCGGGAUCUUUCUCGACGUAUCGGUGCAGAUCACAUUGGAAAAGCAAUCUGCGGGAGUCAUGAGAAGAAAUACGGAGACAGUCCCGUUCUACUUUGAUCGACCAACUGGGGCAGUUAGCGAUAGGGACAAGUACUUUUGUUGGGUUGUUUGCAUUUUGCCAAAUACAACCGCAGACAAGCAAAGGUCUGGAACCUACUGCUUGAUGGUUCUCCGCAGCAAGCCCGGCGGACCUGCUCAUAUUUGUGAGCGCGUAGGGUUCGCAGACUUUGAUACAACCGCGUCUGAUCCUGCGAUGAGGUUCUUCAAGGGGUACAGAGAUUCCAUCAGGACUGCCGUAAUAGUUUGA